UCGACAUCUGUAAGGACCGUGGCAGGCUUGCCUGGCAGCAAAGCCUGGAGCCGGCACUGCUCGGCGCACACACGAAUCCUGGCCUUCUUGGUCCUGAGCACACCAGAAAGAGGUGGGGGAGUUGCAAAGAACUGAAAAGUUGGAGCAGACGGCUGCCAGAGUCAGCCGUGACGUGGGCUGCCGUCUCGCUGCUCGCUCGCGCACUCGCUUGCUUGCCGGGACACACAAUUCCUCGCUCCUCGUCUCCUCUUAGAAACAUGGCCAGCUGUGUGUAGCACCUCCAACAGGUGCAGCUGCUCUGCAGCCACUGGGCCAGCCAAAGACCCACCAUGUGGAAUAUCCAGCCUUCCAUCUUGUGCCUGCUGGGCAUCUUCUUUGGUGUCUGCAGAGGAGGGGAACUGCCUGCUGCUCAAGAAGGGGAGAAGUGCCCACAGAUGCUGAAGGAAGGCCUCCGGCUGGAGCAGAGCAGUGACAAACAUGUAAAUAUAACAGGGUUCAAUCUAAUUAAAAGGUUUGCUCUCCUGAAGACCUCGGCCGUUAAGAAGAUCCGCAAUCCCAAAGGCCCAAUGAUUUUGCGGCUGGGCGCAAUCCCCUUGGUCCGGCCCACAGAACAGCUGCUCCCCCUGGGCUUGCCAGAUGAAUUCACGUUGGUGAUCACCCUACUCUUGAAGAAGCAGACCACCAAAGAGAACUGGUACCUCUUCCAGGUUACCGACCGUCAGGCUUACCCGCAGCUCUCCCUGAUGAUCAACAGCAAAGAGCGGAGCCUGGAGUUCCGGGCCAAGGGCCAGGACGAGGAGUUUGUUGGCGCAGUUUUCACGGGCAAGGGGAUCUCCUCCCUUUUUGACCUGAAGUGGCACAAGAUGACCCUCAGCGUCCAAAGGCAGGUGGUCUCGGUGCACAUCGACUGCAGCUACAUCUCAUCCAAGCCGGUGCAGCCCCGCCAGUGGCUGCUCAGUGAAGGCAACGCGUUCAUCGGACUGGACGCCACGCAGGGCACCCCUGUCUCGUUUGACAUCCAGCAGCUGCACAUUUACUGUGACCCGGCCGUGGCGAUGCACGAGGGAUGCUGCGAGAUCUCCGACAGUGGGUGUUUUCCCGAAGCCUCUAAAACCCGCCGGGAUGUGGAAGUCAUGCAAAGCAAUGACCUGAUAGAGAUCAACCCCCAGACGGAAGGCAAGGUCUACACACGCUGCUUCUGCCUGGAGGAGACUCAGAGCAAGCAGGAGCUGAGGGGCUCGGGGAAGGCUGCUGUGAAAGGUGAUCAAGGAGAGAAGUGUCCCCCUUGUCCGCUGAGGUCACCACAUGCAAAUGCCACUCUGGGCCCUGCAGGAGUAAAGGGUGAGAAGGGUGACCGCGGAAUAUCAGGAGCCCACGGAUCCAAAGGGGAGAAAGGCGAUCGUGGUGCUGACUGCGUCCGGAUUUCACCUGAAUCCCCGUUGCAGUGUGCUGAAGGCCCAAGGGGAGAGAAAGGAGAACGGGGAGAACAGGGACCUCCAGGGUCAGCUGGAACUCUUGGGGAAAAGGGGCAGAAAGGCGAUAAGGGCGACUUCGGCAUCCAGGGCAAACCAGGCACGCCGGGGCGCGAUGGCCGGCCAGGGGAGAUCUGCGUGAUGGGACCCAAAGGCCAGAAGGGUGACCCAGGCUUUGUCGGUCCUGAGGGGCUGGCGGGGGAACCAGGACCCCCAGGGCUGCCUGGCCCACCCGGGCUUGGCCUUCCAGGAAAACCGGGCGACCCUGGUGGCCCCCCAGGUCCAAAAGGAGAGAAGGGGGGGUCUGGACCUCCAGGACUCGGCGGCUCAGCGGGAAAGCCGGGGAAGCCAGGAGUCCCAGGCCUGAAAGGAGACAAGGGAGAUCCAUGUGAAGUUUGCCCCACUCUCCCCAAAGGAAUAAUGGAUGCAGUCAGCAUUCCUGGGAAGCCAGGGCCCAAGGGAGAACCUGGACCUCCGGGGAAACCUGGCAAAUCGAACAAGCCUGGCCUUCCGGGAGCCAAAGGCGACAGGGGUGACCCCGGGAUCAAUGGGAUUAAAGGGGAGAAGGGUGAGCCGUGUCAGUCCUGCAGCCCGGCAGCCCUCAUGUCUUCGAUGCCGUUUCCUGGGAAAGAAGGCCCCAAAGGGGAGCCGGGAUCUACUGGGUUUCCUGGCACGGCUGGGCCCCCAGGACUGGCUGGACUCAAAGGAGAAAAGGGAGAUCCGGGAGCUGAGGGAUCCACAGGCAAACCUGGGACUCGAGGGGAAAAAGGAGAGGCGGGUGCUUCAGGAGCCAAGGGUGAGAAGGGAGCACCAUGCCUGCAGUGCCUCGACUCUCCGGACGGCGGGAAGACCGUGGUGGCUGUCCCAGGGCCCCCAGGCGAGAAGGGCGAGCCAGGCCUUCCCGGUGCAGGCCUUCCCGGAAAGCCUGGAAAACCUGGGGAACCUGGAAUGAAAGGGCAAAAGGGUGAUGCUGGAAGCAAGGGUGAUCCGGGCACUCCGGGCAGAGAAGGGUUGCCAGGCCUUCCUGGGGAGCCUGGAGUCCGAGGUCCAGCAGGGGCCAGAGGGGAAAAGGGCGAUUCGUGUGUCUCCUGCCCCAUCCUCAACGGAGAUCUUUCCAAUAAAGCUGGGAUCCCAGGAAAACCUGGCCCAAAGGGGGACCGUGGGCUGCCUGGCGUGGGACAGCCCGGCAAACCAGGAAAACCAGGACUCCCGGGAAUUCAGGGACCCCCUGGCUUGAAGGGGCUGCAGGGGGAGCCAGGGCCCCCCGGGGUAGGCAGCCAAGGUCCGGAGGGAGAACCUGGGCAGAAGGGCUCACCUGGCAAUCCUGGACCGCCAGGACCUCAAGGCCCCUCAGGAAAAGUUGGGGAAAAGGGGGAAAAGGGCUCUCUGGGUCUUAAAGGAGCCAUAGGCCCUCCUGGACCUCCAGGUGCCAGCAUCACUGGCCCACCAGGUCAAGAAGGCCAGCAAGGCCUCCCAGGGGUUCCUGGCUCUGAUGGUGCAAUGGGUGAAAAAGGAGUCAAAGGCGAGAAGGGAGAUGCCGGCGAAUGCGCCUGCCAGCCCGGCUCGCGCGUGGACCCGAACUUCGUGGGCCUGCCGGGCGCCCCAGGACUGUGGAUCGGGACCUCCUGGCAGCCUCAGCCAGGCCCUCAGGGACCACCAGGUGCUCCAGGCCCACCCGGCCCACCAGGAGCUCCUGGAAGGCAGGGCAUCCCAGGACACAAUGGCAUGCCGGGACUGCCUGGGCCGGCGGGAGACUUGGGGCCACUGGCUGCUGAAAGUAUCAACGUGCUUAAGACCAUUUGCGGAGACUGCGCUCACCUACCGGCCUUCCAGGUCCCCAGCGGAGUCAAGGGGGAAAAGGGGGAUCAGGGCAUGCCUGGAGCUCCCGGCAUAGAAAAUUGCGCUCGGUGCUUUGCCCAGUUCCCCAGAGCAGAAGAGCCUCAGGAUGAGAGUGACAACGAGCAAGACUGUGUUGGCCAGCCUGGAAUCCCCGGCCUAUCCGGAGAAAGGGGCGAGCAGGGCCCGCCUGGCCUGCGAGGCCCCCCAGGCCCCCCUGGACCAGCUGGCCCCCCAGGUUUUCCUGGAACACCUGGUGCACCUGGAUUACCUGGUCUCCAGGGCGAGCGUGGAGCAGCUGGAAUUCCCGGAUCCAAGGGAGAGCAGGGCCCCCCAGGCCAGCCUGGCUACCCUGGCUCAGUGGGCCCCCCCGGGCUCCCCGGUGCCAAAGGGGAGCGAGGACACACCGGGCCACCUGGCGAGAAAGGAGAAUCGGGUCCUCCAGGCAUGGAUGGCCCCACAGGUCCCAUUGGGCCACAGGGUCCAAGAGGAGAACGAGGGGAGCCAGGCAGCGCUGGAGAAAAAGGUGAUCAGGGAUUUCAAGGCCCGCCUGGUUUCCCAGGACCUCCUGGUCCUCCGGGCUUCCCAGGAAAAGCAGGAUCACCUGGACCUCCAGGACCCCCAGCAGAAAAAGGAUCCGAGGGCAUGCGUGGUCCCCCUGGGAUGACCGGCUCACCGGGGCCUCCGGGGCCUCCUGGGGUACAGGGUCCACCUGGCUUGGACGGACUAGAUGGGAAGGAUGGAAAGCCAGGGUUGCGGGGUGACCCUGGACCUGCGGGACCACCAGGAAGGAUGGGACCUCCAGGGUUCAAAGGGAAAACAGGCCACCCUGGACUUCCAGGCCAAAAGGGUGACUGUGGCAAACCGGGACCACCUGGGAAUCCUGGCCGUACUGGAGCGGAUGGUGAUCCUGGUCCUCUGGGACCCCAAGGCAGGCCUGGCCCACCUGGCCAUGUUGGCCCUCCUGGGAGCCCCGGACAGCCAGGCCCAUCCGGACUCACUGGUGUUGGACUGAAGGGUGAGAGGGGUCCUCCUGGCGAAAGAGGCCUCGGUGGGAUUCCAGGCCAGCCCGGCCCACCAGGUCACCCAGGCCCACCGGGGGAACCAGGCAUGGACGGACAGACAGGCAAAGAGGGUCCAUCUGGGAAACCAGGCCUUGCAGGACCAUCUGGACAGAAGGGCGAGCGCGGCUCCAGUGGAGAGAGAGGGCAGCCUGGAGAGAAGGGCAGAGCUGGGAUGCCUGGAGGGCCAGGGAAGAGUGGCGAGAUGGGCCCCAUGGGGCCACGCGGCCCCUCUGGGGAAAGAGGUCUGCCUGGCCUUCCCGGUCCCUCGGGUAGCCCAGGGAGCCCGGGGUUGCCUGGGACGAUGGGAGACGUUAUCAAUUACGAUGAAAUCCGGAGGUUCAUCAGACAAGAGCUGAACAAAAUGCUUGACGAGCGGAUGGCCUAUUACACCUCCCGGAUGCAGUUCCCAGUGGAGCUGGCUGCCCAACCAGGAAGGCCAGGACCCCCUGGUAAAGACGGCCCCCCCGGACGGCCAGGAUCGCCUGGAUCCCCUGGAAUGCCUGGACAGAUUGGGAGGGAGGGCCGGCAAGGCGUGCCCGGAAUGCGUGGAGAGCCUGGCGCCAAAGGAGAAAAAGGAGACAAGGGGAUCGGGAUCAUGGGAGAGGCGGGGCCCCCAGGCCCACAAGGGAUCCAGGGACCGCCCGGGUACGGCAAGCUCGGCCUUCCGGGGCCUAUGGGACAGCAGGGAAUUCCAGGCAUCCCGGGCCCCCCAGGAAUGACAGGGCCUCCUGGGAAAGAAGGUCGCUGCAACCCUUCGGAUUGUUUCGGCAUGAUGCCCCUGGAGCAGCCCAUGUACCAGCCCAAAAGCAUGAAGGGGCCUUUAGGCUGAAGCACGCUCUCCUCCUUUCCAAACGGGACUCCACUGGGAAUAGCCAAAGAGCUGGUCUUCGCGACUGGUCGAGGAUGAUUGUUUUUUCAUUGUUGUUAAUAUUUGGACUAUCGUUUUCUUCAGGGGGUUCAACCUCUCAUGAUGGCAUUUUUAAAAACCUCCACCACCA